AACCUGUAGUGAUAUUCUGCAGCAAUUUCGUAGCAAAAUGGCCGUCUCACGAAGUGUUUUUUUUCAACUUUUGUACCGUCCGUCGGCUGUUUCCUGCCGAUGCCUGUGUACGAGUGCGAAAAGAAGGCGAGGCAGACCUGAUCCACUCGUGGACAAGAUAUUAAGAGUCGAUCAUGCCGGGGAAAUCGGGGCGAAUAGAAUAUACGCCGGUCAGAUGGCCGUAUUAAGUAACACCAAGUCUGCAACAAUUAUUAAGGAAAUGUGGGAUCAGGAAAAGGAACAUGUUGAAAAAUUUGAGGAACUUCUACCAAAAUACAGAGUUCGGCCCACGGCCCUGCUACCAUUCUGGAAUGUUGCAGGCUAUGCUUUAGGGGCCGGCAGCGCAUUGCUUGGUGAAAAAGCAGCCAUGGCAUGUACUGUUGCUGUUGAAGAAGUGAUUGGUGAACAUUAUGAUAAUCAGCUGAGAGAACUUUUAGAAGACCCUGAAUAUCUUGAAAAACACAAAGAAUUACUGGACGUAAUCACAAAAUUCCGAGAUGAUGAAUUGGAACACUUGGAAACGGGGCUUGACAACGAUGCAAUGCAAGCGCCAUUUUAUUCCACCAUGAAAAAUGUCAUUCAACUCGGUUGCCGCACGGCUAUUUGGUUGGCAGAGAAAAUAUGAAACGGUAUCCAUCCUCCGAAAUGCUUGAAAAUGAGUUGAAAAUGAGUGGCUCUUUCUUAAAAAGAAAGACAUGUU